AAAGAAAUGAUACGUACAAAAUUAGAGAGAUACACAAUCUAGAUGAAUUUUAGUGACGUGCAAUUCAACUUCUGAUCACGUACGAGAGUGUUCUUCGUGAAGAAUUGUGACAAAUCUCUCAUUCUGCUUUUACAAUGGGGAAGGAGACGGCAGCUAGAGAAAGUGAUAUGCAGGGAUCUGGAGUUCUUGGUCAAUUCAUAGAGCUCAUAGUGCGGCCGUUAAUGCAAUCACCUGUAAAAUCCUCGGCUGCCUUCGUCUUGCUUGCGUUUCUGCUUCUCGGCUUGUUUCUAUCCACGCCAUUCCAAUCCAAUGUUAUUGCUGGCUAUUCGACUCCUAAUCCACCAUUAGCUGUAAAGCCUCAAAGCAAAAAAAUUGAAAUCCCACUUAACUGCAAUGCACUCAACCUCACUGGAAAAUGCCCGAGUGAUUACCCUACAACUUCUACAGAUGAUCGUGACCGUCCAUCACCUCCUACAUGUCCAGAAUACUUCCGUUGGAUCCAUGAAGACUUGCGUCCAUGGGGCCGGACUGGCAUCACGAGAGACAUGGUCGAGAGAGCUAAACCAACAGCCAACUUCAGGUUGGUAAUAGUGAAUGGCACAGCUUAUUUAGAAACGUUUCAGAAGUCGUUUCAAACUAGAGAUACUUUUACUUUGUGGGGAAUCCUACAGUUGCUGCGUAGGUAUCCAGGCAGAGUCCCGGAUUUGGAGAUGAUGUUUGAUUGUGUUGACUGGCCAGUAAUCAGGUCCGUUGAUUAUACUGGGCCUAAUGCCAGCUCACCACCUCCAUUGUUUCGUUACUGUGCAAAUGAUGACACGUUGGACAUUGUAUUUCCUGACUGGACGUUCUGGGGAUGGAUGGAGACAAAUAUAAAGCCAUGGGAGCAAAUAGUUAAGGACUUGAAAAAAGGAAAUGAGAAGAGUAAAUGGAAAGAAAGGGAAGCCUAUGCUUUUUGGAAAGGGAAUCCACAUGUUGCUGAGACCAGACUUGAUCUUAUGAAAUGUAAUGUCUCUCAAGAACAUGAGUGGAAUGCUCGUUUAUAUCGACAGGAUUGGGGGCAAGAAUCACAAUCUGGUUACAAGCAAUCUGACUUGGCUAAUCAGUGCACUCACAGGUAUAAGAUCUACAUUGAGGGAUCAGCAUGGUCAGUGAGUGAAAAGUAUAUUCUUGCAUGUGAUUCGGUUACUCUUAUUGUCAAGCCGCAUUACUAUGAUUUCUUUACUAGAGGUUUGAUGCCAAAUCAACACUAUUGGCCUAUUAAGGAGGAUGAUAAAUGUAGAUCAAUUAAAUUCGCUGUUGAUUGGGGUAACAACGACGAGACCAAGGCACAGGCAAUUGGGGAGGCAGCAAGUAAAUUCAUUCAAGAGGAGUUGAAGAUGGACUAUGUGUAUGACUACAUGUUUCAUCUGUUGAAUGAGUAUGCUAAGCUUUUGACAUUUAAGCCCACUAUACCUCAAAAUGCUACUGAACUCUGUUCAGAAACAAUGGCUUGCCCUGCAGACGGGUUAACGAAGAAACUUAUGGUAGAUUCUAUGGUUAAGGGUCCUGCUGAAACGGAUCCAUGCAUCAUACCGCCUCCAUAUGAUCCUUCGUCUCUUCUUAAUGUUACAAUGACAAAGGUAAAUUCAAUAAAGCAGGUUGAGUCAUGGGAGAACAGAUAUUGGGAGACUCAAAACAAGCAGUCUUGAACAGGUUUUAUUGUAGCAAAUCCUAGUAGGAUAUACAUGCACACUUGUAGGCUUAGAAACAUUAUAUGCUCAUACGAUAGUGGUAAUAAUCAAUGAAAUUCUAUCAGAUUACAUAAUUUGAAGUAUUUAAUUUUUGAUAA